AUGAAUUCUACUGUUCCGGCGUGGAGGACAACACCCAUACCAACAGAUGGAACCGGUCAGACUGGUGAUAAAGUUUUUGGUUUGGAGCACCAGAUCCUUGGCUCACUGAUUAUUAUCAUUGCUCUGAUUGGGCUGGGAGGAAAUGGAACUGUACUGUGGCUCUUGGGCUUUCGCAUGCGCAGAAACGCCUUCACUGUCUACAUCCUCAACCUGGCUGGGGCCGACUUCUUCUUGCUCUGCUGUCUCAUUAUAGAUCAUCUGCUCCUUUCCAUCCAGUUUCUUCAUAUUUCCUCCAUCCCCGACUAUAUCCUGUAUCCAUUGUUGUAUGUGGUAUUCUUUCCUUACACCGUGGGCCUGAGCGUCCUCACCGCCAUCAGCACUGAGCGCUGCCUAUCUGUCCUAUGGCCCAUCUGGUACCACUGCCAUCGCUCUAAAAACUUAUCAGCUGUUGUGUGUGCCCUGCUCUGGGUCCUGGCACUGAUACUGAACCUCCUGGAAUGUAUCUACUGUAUUAGACUGUCUAAGCACCAUGACGAUUAUCAGUGUAAGAAAAUUGAUUACACCAUAGCCUCCUGGCUGAUUUUCUUAUUUGUGGUUCUCUUGGGCUCCAGCCUGGCCCUGCUGGUUAGAGUCCUCAGGGGAUCACACCGUGUGCGGUUGAGCAGGCUGUAUGUAACUGUCCUGCUCACAGUGCUGGUCUUCCUUCUCUGUGGUCUGCCCUUUGGCCUUUUCUGGUUCCUCAUAACUAAGAAUAUACCUUUAAAUUUUAAGCAUCUUAGCAUUGUUCACUUGAUUGUAGCUGUCCUCUCCGGUGUUAACAGUUGUGCCAACCCCAUCAUUUACUUUUUUGUUGGUUCCUUUCGGCAGCAGAAGAGGCAGCCCCUAAAGCUGGUUCUCGAGAGGGCUCUGCAGGGCACCCCUGAGGAUGAUGAAUGA